AUGGAUACAGAUUAUGACUUGGAAUAUCUCGCGGCCUCAAGGCACAAUUCUAGGGCCUCUCUUUUAGAAGAUUCAAAGCCGAGAGACACCCAUUCCGGUUUUCUUGCCUUACCAUAUGAGCUUCGAAACAAGAUAAUCAAAUACAUCAUCGGCUCUACGUACUCUACUCACGAGCUCGAGGCAUGGCAAAAGCUUCAAUACACUGGUUAUCGCACAGGUUGGGAGGUCAAGCCGGAGGACUUCACUAUCAGUUCUACCGGUCUCAAAUGCCAUUCGAUAACAUCCUUCAAUAUUGCUCUUGUGAAUAAACAACUUCGACAAGAGGCGCUCAGGAUCAUCUUUCGGAAUGCGACUGUCUGUAUUCAUGUCCACAUCCCCAGAUACGGACCAUUCAGCACGAUCCCAAGCGACAUAUCCAAGACCUAUCGUACUCUCCGCGAGUAUUCAAUGCUACUGGAACUGGCACGCAAUAUUACCUUGAUCGUUGAUCCACAGCCUGUGUAUAGCCAGACGCUAUCACAUAAAGUAGGCUCAGCCUUGAACACAAUAUUUGGGUACGAUAGAAGUGUACUUUGGGGUCUGCUGUCAAUGUUAUGUAUUGCUAUCCCAAUGGCCGGUAUCGCUCAACUCGCUGCACGGGUUUCCGCUAUUGCGCCUUUUCAAGGAAAACGACACACUGAUCUUCAAGGCCUUGUUGAUCUUCUCGUGCAGGUGCCCGGAAGCAGCACACAUAUGAAGACCAUUGUCUAUCUGGAGCACUUGCAUCCACAAGAUCUUGAAAUUGUCCUCGGUUUAUUGAACUUGCGACGUGGUCCCAAGACGCUGGAGGAAGUUUGGGCUUCCUGGUCUGGGUAUGAUAUGGGUCUACAGUCUAUAAAAGAGGAAUAUGAAAAACACUAUAGGGGUUUAGUGAUGUUUGCUGUGGAGCAGGCUGGGUGCACGGAGGUUCUCAGUAUGCCUGCAGAAUUUGAGGUUGAUGAGACCGACGAGGGGGAUGUUCGUGGCACUCAGUACAUAGGGAGGAGCCGAAGAACCUGGACAGAGAACAACAAUCUUGAGAUAAUUCUAGAGUGA